AGACAACCCCCGCAGAAGGAGAUAAGGACAAAGCCUACAGACCUUCGUGAGCAAUAAAUGUACAUGCAACCUUCCCUGUUUUAGAAGAAACGUCCACAAGUCCCGACACACGGGAGAAGACCCUCCCAGCUGUUGGAUGUAAACAUAACUCAAGUAGAUGAGAAGCGGACGUGAUGGUGUGAGUAAAGACGGAGUAAGGAGGACUUGUUGAGGAGAUGCGGCGGCAGCUGGCGGUGAAGAUAUUUGGUGGAUGCUGAGGAUCAUCUGGUAUCUUCAUCAUCAUCCUUCUCACAAGAGAUUAAAUGGCGUUUAUGUCCCGGUUUUCUCGGUCCCGGAGCAGCUCCAGGUCUCCGAGCCGAAAAGACUCAGAGCGCGACUCGUCGACUCUGACGGUGUCCGAGCUGGAGAGGCUCCUGUACACGGGCAAGACGGCCUGUAACCAUGCAGAUGAAGUGUGGCCACGGCUCUACAUAGGAGACCAAAACAUUGCGUCAGAUCGCAGAGAGUUAGCCAGACUUGGCAUUACACACAUACUGAACUGUGCACAGAGCAAAUGGCGUGGUGGAGCUGAGUAUUAUGCUGGAAUGAACAUCACAUAUCACGGCAUCGAGGCUCACGACUCGCCGACGUUUGACAUGAGCGUCUACUUCUAUCCUGCUGCUGAGUUCAUCCACAAAGCGCUCACAAGUGGAGGUAAGGUGCUGGUCCAUUGCACUGUUGGAGUGAGCCGCUCAGCCACACUGGUGCUAGCCUACCUGAUGAUCAGACAAAACCUGACCCUGGUGGAGGCCAUCAGAACCGUAAAAGACCACAGAGGCGUCAUCCCUAACCGAGGUUUCCUACGCCAGCUCAAUGGCCUGGACAGCAUCUUGAGAGAGAGUCGGAAGACGCCUCUGCAAAGCUGAAAACAGCCUCAACACACAGUCGGUCUGAGGUAGCAGCCAUGUGCACUGAUAGACAAUAGACCCAAGUUCAGAGUAACUAAAGGGUGGCCCUGGGGCGAAAGAAGGUUUUAACCUUUUGCCCAAAUCAUUUAUUCAAUUUCACUUCAGCAGAGGAAUGUCUCCAGUUAAAACCCAAACUUUUUAAAAGAUCGAGGAUAACUUUUACUUCAGAGACAAUUGCAAAUGCAUUAUGGAGGAUUAAGGUUUUAUCCUUGAGCCACUUUCACACAAUCAUUUAACAGAUCUUAACCAGGUCUUUCAGGGAAACCAUCGGAGUAGCAGCAGAAGGUCAGAGCGUGGUUUUAUUAUAACUGUGUUGUCAUCAUUUAAGACUAAAGGCUUCAGGAGCAUAAAUAUCAGAUAAAACUGGUUCAGGAAAGCAGCAUUUUACUCUAACAGAGGCUUUGUUAAAUAGCAUCAGUGUAUUUAGAUAGAAAUAUCUGUUGUGUGGCAAAUACUGUAGAUGUCCGACGGGUUUUCCAAGCUUCCUUCAUGAGGUACUAGAAGCUUCCACACAGUUCUGGGUUUUAAGCAUUUUAGUUUUUAGUUUCAUGUGUAGUUGGGACUCUACCUGACUUUCUGCUGGCUCCUGAGCUUACAUACACCUAAGAACAGUCAGUUGCCAAGGCCAGGCUUCCUGUUUUAACAAUAGCAAAGUCAGUCCAAGUCUGAAAUCUAAGGUCUUCUUGUUUGUUCUUUAUGAUCCAUCAAGAUACCUCCAACUCAGCAUGGUACUUGGUGUUAUCCAAGCAAACAACACGCAAACAAUUCCUCUUAUUGGUCUUACUGACAGUAAUCAUAUGGGUAUGUGAGACAUCUGACAACAGAUGAUCUGCAGUUUAUAAGAAUAUUCAAACUUUCUUGUUAGUUUAGUGUUUUGAAAAUCAGAUUGUGGACAGCAGUAGUGCUCACAUCAAAACAUAGUAUUUAUGCAGUGACUCUGCAGAAGUAAGCUAAAACUCUGCAGUUUAAAAAAAUAGAAACUUUUCCAAAGAUUGUAUGAGACAACCCUAAAUGUAGUCAAACAUAUGAUAUGCAACAUUCAGUCACGAGUAUGCAUCACUGAGCAGUGACAAGAGACAAAUCCUGCAGUUAAAACUUUAAGGCUCCGUCUAAGUGAAGUGUUCACUAGUGAAGGAUCACAUGGACUGUGGGACCAUAGUUGUUAGUUGGAAAGGAAGCUCAAAGCAGUCGGUGAUUCUUGAAUACUGGAUGAGGUCUUUAUCCAUCCAUGGUUGCUGGGGUUGUGUGGGUCUCUCGUCCAAAUGUAUCUUCUGGAUCUGGAGAAGGCUAAAGCAACAGUGUAUUUUUUCUGUGUGGGUUAGCGCUAGGCUGGGCCCACGCUACCUUCAAGCCACAUUUGUUCAUCCUCAUCUCCACCCAGAGCCUGCUGCAUCCUCAGCAGUUUGUUGUAGACCUCUUCCCACAUAACUGGGUGUCAGACGCAUACUGCUGAAGGUUCCACCUGCUUUUCAGCAACAAUCCUCAAUCAGAUUUUGUAGCACAUGUAAACAAAACAACUACUUGUUCUUCUUGCCAGAGCAAGAGAGGCUCUUGUGUUUUUGAAUGUCUCUGAUAUUCUUAAACGUCUGCUUGAUAAUUUGUGUGUAAUGACAUUUUAUUAUUAUUAACUAUAUUAACUUCCUCCUGGUGCCAUUGGUGACAUCUAGGAAAGUAACUUUGAUUAAUCAGAAUAAUUGACUUUCAAAAACCGUUGCAUCAUAUCACCUUCAAAAAUCAAUGCUUUACCUAGAUCAAAUGUAAUUAUUUACUUAGUUGGGUUUAGAUCUGAUAAUCUAGUCUGCUAUUGGGUCUAAAUAACAUAUGAUUGGGAUUGUCUUGAGUCAAUGCCCAAGUAGUGAUCACACCUGGUCCUGAAGAUAAUCUAAUCAACAUGAAGAUAUAAAACCUUCAGAAUGAUGGUAUUAUUCAGUGAAUCUGUCUCAAAGUUUUCAGCGUCUCUCUGUGAUAAACACAGAUUGUGUGUUUUUACAUGAACGGUGACCAGAGCUCCCACUGCCUGUUGGGCUUCUUGUGUCUUGGUGUUGAGCAAAGCUUGAGCUCUCCAAACAUUAAAGCUACAAAUCACUGACAUUUAACCCCGCUUUUAAAUAUCCACCCGAGAGUUGUAAAUUAUUACCUCAAGUAUUGUGUUUGAAGCGUAAUUUCUGUGAUAUGUGGUCUUUGUGCUAUUUUAAUGCCACCAUGAUGGAGUAAAGGUGAUGGGGAGGAGGAUCAGCUGGAUCAAGCUCAGUGUUACAGAUGUACAUAAAGAACAUGGAUGUGUGUUUAUACAGGCUUAUACUUAAAUGGGGUUCUGUUCUAAACUAUAUCUCACCUGUUUCUUGUAUUGCGUUGAAGGACCUCAGUUGAAUUUUCUUGCACCAAAAACUCACAUAAUGUGUGUAUUUACUAGUUUACCUUUGGAAAGUAAACCCAACUUUGUUAUGCUCUUUCAACUUCCUGUUUAACAGUGUCACCCCAGCAGUGUCCAAUUAGACCACGUUGAAUAUUGAUUUAAACUUCUGAUUCUGAAAGCAGCUGCUUGUAUUUUACCAGAUUUUGGUUUUAAACUCUACUUGACCAAGGCAGAACAGCAAACCAAAGUUAACACGAUUGUUUGUAAAUUCAAGGAAUGGUUUGUUAGCAUCAUGUGGAAUUGUGUGUGUCACAUCUUGGAGAACGGGACCAGAAAAAACAAAACUUUGUUGUGGUUGGUAUCAGAAUUUGGACAACACAAUUCUGAGAUGUGCACUGCUACCACAGUGAACCCUAGUGUUCCCAAGCAAAGAUCAUCUUUACACAACUCUGUAUGAUUGUUCAAGGGGUCUGCAGUGGCAGUUCUUUAGCCACCUAUGGCUUUAAAAUUUUUUAACAACUUCUGACUAAUGUUUAAAUUGAUAUUAUGAAAUAGUGAUUUGAUCAAUUUUUUUCAUUCAGACUCUGUGCAUUAGGAUUUUAGCAACCAAGGGACACUAAUAAUACAAGUAGGCUAGCUGCUUCAUUUAAUUACGUAAUGGACGCGUGCAAAACAUCCCAUUAUUUUAAUUUCGGAAUUAAAAUUACCGGGUAAAAAAAGCUUGAAUUUGUUUUUAAUGCACCGAUCAGUUUUAUUGUUCAGCACACUCCUGUGACCAACAGUCAGACAAUGACACAAAUGUUUGUUUCUAUUAAGGGCCUGGUCAGUGUUUGUUUUUUUCUCAAAUGUUUCUAUGAUUACUGAAGUUGAACCAUGCGCAUUUUGGCAGUUUCAAAGACUUUGAUUGAAAAUUAUACAAGGCUGAUGCAGAGGCUCAAUUGUUGGGGGGGAGUUCCACUAGGAGGAUGACUUGGUACCAUUCAUGAGUCCUGGUGCUGCUGGACUUUCUUGGGCUUUUCCAAAUCCUGCUUUCAAAUGAAAUGGAAACUUUUAGGAUUAGGCUCAUUUGAACUUUUAUUGGUUUAAUCAACCUUCAUCAGUUGUAGAGUUUAUCAAAAGUGUAAUCAUUUAAACUGAAGCAGCCAAAUUUGUGUCAUUCCUAAAACUUUUGACCUUUAAGCAUCAAGUAGAUUUAGUGACUCCAAACAAAUCACAUUCAGUAGUGUACAUGAUAAAAAUGUCUUCUUUGUAAAGGCCGCUAACCCCGGGACUAGAAGUUACCAGAACUAACUGGAAAGGUGCUAAAGGUUAACAUGAACGUGUUAAUGUCAUCCUUCCUUUGUAUUAUCCAAGUCAGCCUGCUGUCAUGAUGAUAUUACAAUUUGAAAUUUGAAAAAACUAAUCAAGUGUUUAUCUGUUUUGAUGAAACUGGUAGAUGCUUCUGCUCAGUGGUUCUCCUCUCCUGCCACUGUAUUUCAGGAAGUACCACGAUGUCUUUUUAACAGCAAAAUCUGCCGCUCUGAAGAAGCUUUCCUCUGUCUACUCAGUGAAAAUCAUUCAGAACUCUCCAGAGAUAAUGUAGGGGUGUGUCCUCUCUGUUAAGAGCUUUCUCGUAUACAUCUGAAUGUCUUUCUAUGUGUGGGUUUGAUGUCACGUGCUCCGUCUGUGGUUCCUGUUCCUUUCUAACUGAAACCUUUCUAUAGGAAAACUUGAACUCUUGUGAAUUUAUUUUUGUAUCCCUCUCUUUGUGGUUCAUUGAAGGACAAACCAGAAAAGGAGAUACUGAGGCCUUAAUGUGUGUUCUUCAAUUGAGCCUUUUACUGUGGAAAAUACUGGCUAUUGAUAUCUUUGUUUUGAUAAAUUCUGGACUUUAUUGUGAAUAAAUAAAUAAACAACAUUUCAGAAAUA